GCUUCUUAACACCCCCAUCCCGCCGUACCAUCACCGCACUUCAUAACCUUAUUCAUACAUUCGUUUACCCUACCAUCAAAAAUAAGGGUCUUUCUUAUAAAAACUUGAGAGGAUCAGGUUGCUGUGAAAUAAAUUAUACAACCGGGCAGAUAGGCAGACCGGUGUCUCCUAGAUAUAUACAUUCGGGUUAUCAUGAGUAACCCUACCGAGACGACAAAGGGACGCAGCAGCAGCUUCUUCGGCAGAAUUGUUUACUCGAGAACUAAGGAUCACUUAUCUACACCUAGCAGGCGGCAAAACAAACCUUCGGAGCAGAAGGCCACUACUUCCAGCACACCUGCUAGACCUCCAACUCAAACCCCGUACAUACCACAGCAUGCUAAAAACUCGUUCUUAAAGACUGCUACACCUCGACAGAUGAAGAAGGCCAACGAAAUCCUAUAGACCUCGUCUCGGGCGGUUGUAUCACAUUACCUCACCCAUCUAUCCAUCUAUUCCUUUCUUACAUGCCGCCUCCCAACUUCACCACGUUAUGCUAAAUCACCAUCUCAAUUGUUUUUUUCCCCUCUUCAAACCCGGAUCCCGUCGGCGCCAUGAGUGAGUGCUGCAGCUCAUCGGCGGGGCACGUGCGUGCGUGCGCGCUUCCGCGACAACACCAUACCUACCGUGCGAGCCGCGAGACUCACGUCGCUCUGGUACACACAUACAUACGCACCGCACGUACGUAAAAGACACGCACGGAGGCGACACAUCCCAUCCCGGUCCGAGAAAGCCAGACGCUGACGUCGGCAGCUUCUCUCCAGCUGUGACGACGAAUUCGUCUAUUUGGGAUAUUCCCUCCCUUUUUUUCAACAGGUGCCUGCCUGUCUACCUAGGUACCUACAUAACUACAUACAUACAUACCUAAUAUACAAUCGUUACUCUCUCGGCCAAGUGUGCGAUAGCUAGCUAGCUAGCCAGCUGUUCACGAGCCAAGUGAGACGAGGCGCGGUCUCACUCUCAAUUGAAGUGUUGAAUGUUCCCAACACGGGGGAUCAGUUUGGAAGUUUUCCUCAAAUUUUUUUUUUUUUUUUUUUUUUU